AUGCAGCAGGGAUCACCCUACAGCUCGCCUUCUCUGUCUCCGCUGUCGCCAAGCAAGAAGCGCGGUUUGUUCAGUGACGCAGACCAGGAUCCGGCGGCAAAGCAAUUCCGCCUGUCCAAUCCGGAGUUCAGGGAAGCGUUCGCCAAGUUUGCUGGCGCGCAGGGCUUUAUCGAUGUGCAGGGGCUUUCCAAUGCCUUGAACUUCGUGAAACUGACCGUUGAGGCUGGAACGCAGCACAGCUUGCUGCACAGGAGCUUUCAGGUUUCCACAUGCUGCUGGUUGAUGGCCAGAUUUGGAAGCCAGAACAGGUUGGUGCUGAACCAGUGGUGCGAGCUCAUGGACUAUCUGGCCAACCUGAAGGCGAUCUUCCUCCAGGUUGAUGCAGACCGCAGUGGCGCCAUCGAGUUCGGAGAGCUUCGCCGGGCAUUUCAACUGUCAGGAGUGAAUCUGGAAGCUGCAAUCAUUGCAGAGGUUGGCCAAAGCUUUGACAGUGACAAAGACGGCAGCCUUGAGUUUGACGAGUUUGUGCAGAUGCGACUGGAAUGGGACUUUUACAUUGCUGCAUGGGACAUGCAGACACAAGGAGCGGCACGGAUUGCUCCAAAUCAGCUCUUGCAGGUGUUGGAAGAAAUAAAGAAAUCGUUAGAGCCCUUGGGCACCAUCAUUGGGACCACUGGCCUGGCGAGCAUGAACACACAGGGCAUCUUCUAUGCUUCCAUGUUUGGCCGCCACAGGCCGUUCCUCCUCAGCACGUGCGAGCGGCUCAUUAUCCGCUUUGGUCAGGGCAGCUUGUUUCUGAAUUUCGAGCAGUUCUGCAGCAUGAUGGUUUUCCUGAAGGAGAUGAAGACCGCGUUUUGCAGCCUGGACGACAAGGGUGCUGGGUCUCUCCAAUUGCCAGAGCUCUGCAAUGCCUUUUGGAGAGCCAGGAUCAACUUGCCUGAGUCAUUGAUUCAGCAGAUAGGUAAGAGCUUCGACAGUGACAACUCCGGAGGCAUCGAGUUCGACGAGUUCAUCCAGAUGACUGCGGAGUGGCACGAGAUGUGGAAGUUGCAAGACCGCUUCAGCACCACGAUCGCGGCAGAGGAGCUCUCUCAAAUGCUCGGGAGCGUGCAAGUGAUCUACCAGGUCAUCAACGGCUCUAUCCAGACGCUUCGGCCGUUCUGCUUAAACACUUGCCGCUGGCUGAUCGCCAAGUUCGGGACCUGCCAGGCAGGCGAGCGCUUUGCGAAGCGUCUGUCUUACCAGGAGUUCCUUCAUUUGGUCCAGUAUCUGAAGGACAGCUAUAUCACUUUUCUCAGAUUUGACUUCAACAGGAUGGGCAGCCUUGGCGCAGAACACCUUGGUGCGUCCGGGGAGGGGUGUCUGGCAGAGAGAUGCAUGCAGAGUCGCUCUCUAGCGCCGGCCCAUCUCCCCCCUGAAAGUGACGAUCAGGAUAUUAAGAGACAGGGAGAGGGAAAGAGAGAGAGAGAGAGAGAGAUGAUAGUUCGCCUUUACAUGCGGGGAGGGAUUGAGUGUGCAGUGGUUCAAUCACUCUAA